AUGACGGAACACUUAACAUUUUACAAGAUUUUCGCGGAACACGUGCCCGGAGUGGAAAACGAAGCAGCCGAUGCACUAUCGUGUUGUCCUGUGGGACCGAAUACCGUGGACGAAGAAUCGUUGGAGAACAAUAUUCACGAUCCCCCAGUGAUUCGGCCCGGAUUGUGCAUCGCGCUUGGUGAAGAGGGGGUGGUUAUCCCGGCGGACAAGGCCCAGAUUCUGCUACAAAGGUUUCACGACCACAAUGCAGCGAAUCAACCAGGGUGGAAGGAAACGUACCGAAGCAUAAAGAGUCGUUUUUUUUGGGCCAGUAUGCGUGCGGCAGUGCGUAAUUACAUGCGGGCGUGCGACGUCGUAAAACCACUGAAUUGCAAACCGGAAGAUCGGAUAUGCACCCGAGUCCCACCCCCACGGCAACCUUGGGAGGUGCUGAGUGUCGAUAUUAUGGGUCCAUACCCACGAACGCAGCGGGGUAAGACAACGAUUUUGGUAGUAACUGAUUGUUACAGUCGCUGGGUAGAGGUGUACCCCCGAGGAAAGGCGACCACCAAAUCGAUUGUGGAUACAUUCGAACGGGAGUUGUUUCCACGGUUCGGGUACCCGAGGGCAUUAUUGUCAGAUAAUGGCUCGCAGUUUGUGUCCAAGGCAAUGGGAGAAGCACUAAAGAAGUGGGGAGUGGAAGGAUGGACGACUCCAAUAUACCACCCACGUGCCAACCCUGUAGAAAGGCGAAAUCAAGAGUUGAAGAAAGGAUUGCGAACACUACUUGUUGAUAAGCCUCAUCAUCUAUGGGAUGUCUACCUGCCUCACGUGUUUUCUCCGUAA